AUGUGGAGGUGUACUAUCCUGCUCGCCGUGGUGGUGGCGAUGGCGGCGGCGCCGGCGCUUGGCAUCCCGUUCACGGAGAAAGACCUCGCCUCGGAGGAGAGCCUGCGGGGGCUCUACGAGACGUGGAGGAGCCACCACACGGUGUCGCGGAGGGGCCUCGGCGCCGACGCGGAGGCGCGCCGGUUCAACGUGUUCAAGGAGAACGUGCGGUACAUCCACGAGGCCAACAAGCAGGACAGACCCUUCAGGCUGGCGCUCAACAAGUUCGCCGACAUGACCGCCGACGAGUUCCGCCGCACGUACGCCGGGUCCAGGGUGCGGCACCACCGCUCCCUGAGCGGCGGACGCAAGGGCGACGGGAGCUUCAUGUACGCCGACGCCGAGAACCUGCCGGCGGCGGUGGACUGGCGGCAGAAGGGCGCGGUGACCGCCAUCAAGGACCAAGGCCAGUGCGGGAGCUGCUGGGCGUUCUCGACGAUCGCGGCGGUGGAGGGCAUCAACAAGAUCAGGACCGGGAAACUGGUGUCGCUGUCGGAGCAGGAGCUCAUGGACUGCGACAACGUGAACAACAAUGGCUGCGACGGCGGUCUCAUGGACUACGCCUUCCAGUUCAUCCAAAAAAAUGGAGGGAUCACCACCGAGUCCAACUAUCCGUACCAAGAACAGCAGAACAGUUGCGACCAGUCCAAGGAAAACUCUCACGACGUGUCAAUCGAUGGCUAUGAGGACGUCCCUGCCAAUGACGAGUCUGCUCUGCAGAAAGCGGUCGCGGGCCAGCCCGUGUCAGUUGCAAUAGACGCCGGUGGCAAUGAUUUCCAGUUCUACUCCGAGGGCGUCUUCACCACAGACGGCGGCACGGAUCUUGACCACGGUGUCGCUGCCGUGGGGUACGGUACUACCCGAGAUGGAACCAAAUACUGGAUUGUGAAGAACUCCUGGGGAGAGUCCUGGGGUGAGAAGGGCUACAUCAGGAUGCAGCGCGGUGUGAAGCAAGCCGAGGGGUUGUGUGGCAUCGCAAUGGAGGCCUCGUAUCCAACCAAGUCAGCACCACAUGCGACAGUCAAGAAAGGGUCUCUUACUGAUGAGCUCUAG